ACUCGCCUCGCCCCCAAUCUCUGUGUCCUCCCCCGUCUCCUCCUCCUCCUCCCCUUCCCCGCUUCAGAGCCGGAGUAGCUGUGAGAGAGCGUGUCGGGCGCGCGCAGCGGAGCUCGGGCGCGCGCCCCAGGCAGGCAGGGAGGCCGGCGGCGGAGUGAUCCCGGCGAGCGGGUGCUGCGGCCGGGCCGGGUGAAUGGGAUUGAAGAAGAGUUCAGCUUCUCGGCUUGUUUUUGUGUCACAGUUUCUCUUCUCCUGCGCCUCUUCUGCUUCGUUCCUUUCUUCCCGUCCGCCCCCUGCUCCCCCCGGCAGGCGGAGCCCCCUGGGGAGAGGGGGAAGGAAAAGGACCUCCCAGAGGAGAGAGAGAAGAGGAGGAGGAGAAGGGAGCAACCUACCAUCUUCCACUCCCAGCUUAGAUUAAAGAAAGUGAGAGGAGAGAGAGGAGCCCAGAAGAGGGGGACAGGGAGGCCCAGAGGAGCCGCAGCACCUUCCCCCUAUGAAGAAGAGCCCUCCCCCUCAGAGAGAGGUCCUGCCAGGGGGACCCCAGCCAGCCACCAGCAGCAGCACCACCAGCAGGGGGGGGCUAGAGAACUGAAGGGGAAAAUCUGUUUUCCAGAACUGCAAAAGUUUGGAGAAAAGGAACUUUCAUUUUCUGAAGCCAGAGACUGAAGGCACUGUGGAAUUAGUAAAGAGACAGCUAGAAAGAGUGGAGAAGGUAGAGAAUGGAGUUGCAGACUCUACAGGAGGCUCUGAAAGUGGAAAUUCAGGUUCACCAGAAACUGGUUGCCCAAAUGAAGCAAGAUCCACAGAAUGCUGAUUUGAAGAAACAGCUUCAUGAACUCCAAGCCAAAAUCACAGCUUUGAGUGAGAAACAGAAGAGAGUGGUGGAACAGCUGCGGAAGAAUCUGAUUGUAAAGCAGGAACAGCCAGAUAAUAAGUUUCAAAUACAGCCAUUGGUACAAUCAGAAAACAAACUACAAAAUCCACAACAGCAACCACUACAACAACUUCAGCAGCAGCAGUCUACUGCACCCUCUCCAAACCUGAUUGGAUCACAGAAAACUGUGACUACAACUCCUAUGAUCACCACUAAGACACUACCUCUCGUCUUGAAAGCAGCAACUGCAACCAUGCCUGCCUCUGUUGUGGGUCAAAGACCUACCAUUGCCAUGGUUACUGCAAUCAACAGUCAGAAAGCGGUCCUCAGCACCGAUGCACAGAAUACACCAGUCAACCUCCAGACAACAAAUAAAGUUACUGGUCCAGGAGCAGAGGCAGUCCAAAUAGUGGCAAAAAACACAGUUACUUUGCAGGUUCAGGCUACACCUCAGCCCAUCAAAGUGCCACAGUUCAUCCCUCCUCCCAGACUCACUCCUCGUCCAAAUUUUCUUCCACAGGUUCGACCCAAACCAGUUGCCCAGAAUAACAUUCCUAUUGCCCCAGCACCACCUCCGAUGCUUGCAGCUCCUCAGCUUAUUCAAAGGCCUGUGAUGCUGACAACAAAGUUCACACCCAGCUCUUUACCCACCUCACAGAACUCCAUACACCCAGUUCGUGUUGUUAAUGGGCAGACAGCAACCAUAGCCAAAACUUUCCCUAUGGCACAGCUCACCAGCAUUGUGAUAGCAGCCCCAGGUACCAGGCUCGCUGGACCUCAGACUCUACAGAUCAGCAAACCAAACCUUGAAAAACAGACUAUUAAACCCCAUGUGGAAGCAGAGGAGAAGCAAACAGAGAGUCGUACCAUUACUCCACCAGCUGCACCCAAGCCAAAACGAGAAGAAAAUCCACAGAAACUUGCCUUCAUGGUAUCUUUGGGACUGGUUACACAUGACCAUCUGGAAGAAAUCCAAAGUAAGAGACAAGAGAGGAAAAGAAGAACAACAGCAAAUCCAGUGUACAGUGGAGCCGUUUUUGAGCCUGAGCGUAAGAAGAGUGCAGUCACAUACCUGAACAGCACAAUGCAUCCUGGGACACGUAAAAGAGGUCGUCCACCUAAAUACAACACGGUGCUGGGAUUUGGGGCUCUGACCCCCACAUCCCCUCUAUCCAGUCAUCCUGACUCCCCUGAAAAUGAAAAGACAGAGACCACAUUUACUUUCCCCGCAUCUGUUCAGCCUGUGUCCCUGCCUAGCCCCAGCUCCACAGACGGCGAUAUCCAUGAGGAUUUUUGCAGUGUUUGCAGGAAAAGCGGGCAGUUGCUGAUGUGUGACACAUGUUCACGUGUGUAUCACCUGGACUGUCUGGACCCACCUCUGAAAACCAUUCCCAAGGGCAUGUGGAUCUGUCCCAAAUGUCAAGACCAGAUGCUGAAGAAGGAAGAAGCAAUCCCAUGGCCAGGGACUUUAGCAAUUGUUCAUUCAUAUAUUGCAUACAAAGCAGCAAAAGAAGAGGAGAAACAGAAGCUACUUAAAUGGAGUUCAGAUUUAAAACAAGAAAGAGAACAACUAGAGCAGAAGGUCAAACAGCUCAGCAAUUCCAUAACAAAAUGUAUGGAAAUGAAGAAUACCAUUCUGGCAAAACAGAAGGAGAUGCACAGCUCCUUGGAGAAGGUAAAACAGCUGGUCCGCCUCAUCCAAGGCAUUGACCUUUCAAAAUCCAUAAACUCUGAGGUCAAUUCAGUAGCCAUCUCCAACGGCAUGGACUCGACUAACAAUGCUAAUGCUGCCGCCUCCACCCCAGCCCCAGCCCCUUCCCAGAGCUGCAUGGUGAACUGUAACAAAGGCGAUGAGACUAAAUAACACAGUGGAGUAAGAAGGAGCCAAGGGAAGUGGCGGCGAGGAGGAGCAGCAAAAUAAUGAAACUCUAGAAAAGCAAAACCGGAUUUCUUCUGGAAAGUGCAGAAUUCUUUAGUUCUUUGGUUCCAGAGAGAGCGUGAAGAUGCUUGUGCCAGGCGGCACCGGAGUUUGCCAAUUGAUCCUUCUUAUUCUGUGUGUACAUGCAAAGUUUGGAUCAUGUUACAUGAAUAGUGCCAGCUGGGGGUUCUUUGCCAGCACCAUGCCAAGUGAAAUAAUAUAUUUACUCUCUCUAUAUUUUACACCAGUGUGUGCCUGCAGCAGCCUCCACAGCCACUAUAGGUUUGUUUUAUUUUUGUUUGGGGUGAGGAGCAGGGAUGAGGGAGGAGAGCAGGUUUCAAAUCCUUAUUUGCAGAACAGUUUGUUUAGGUAGGGAAAAAAUAAGUCCAAAGAGCCUGUGGGCUUUUCCUGUUUCUAAACUCUCAGCACUAUUAAACCAAAAAACAGAAGUAUAAAUUAACAAAUCCCAGUGCCCAGAGGGGACAAGUAUAUCAAAUAAGCAGUAUUUACUAUUGUUUAGACAGGAGAUGUACAAAACAAAAUGGGGAUGGAUUUUUCGCCGAGUAACGAGCACAUGUGCAGGCUGGGGAUUUUCUGUCCUGGCAGCUUUGGGUUAACCCUGUUUCUUCACACUAGACAAAUGAAAUGCAUUGGAGAAUUGGAUUGGUUUGGAUCUUCAAGUUGAUCCAGGAAGCCUUUGUUGGGAGAGGGGACCAAAAUGGUUGAGUUGAAGCAUUGAAAGGGGGUGUCUCAAGGGAAAAUGUGCAUCAAUGAUUUUACUUGAAAAUGAGGUUCCAACCCUUUUCUAUAUUUAUAAAACAACAAAAAUAUCCUGAACAAAGCAGCACAUGACCCAGAUGUGUGCACUGAACAGAGAAAUGUCCUUUUCUUUCAUUUCCUCUCUUUCUUUUGGUAACAAAAAAUAAAUAAGGAAUAGAAAAGCUGUUAUUCAGGCUGACAGUCUAAUUAAAGAGGUAGAUGGGACCUUGCAUGGUAUAGAUUAGAAGUAAUAGUGUCAGUGAGAUACAGUGAGUCUUUGUGAGUCCUUGUGUCAUCGUUUUGGGCACUGUUUUUUUAUGCAAGGGCAAAAUCUUUGUAUCUGGGAAAAAACAACUUUUUUAAAAUGAAAAAGGAAAAUAAAAGAUAUUGAGGUCUUCCUAGUGUUACUUAAAAUAAGAUCAAGGUAAGAAACAUUGUAAAAAUUAUAAAAGUGCUAUUUGUUUCCUAAACAAGUGAUUUCUAUUAAAAAGGUGUCAGAACUGGAGAAAAUGCUGUGUGCUUAGAAUUUUUUGACACAGACUUUGCCUAUUAUGAUGACAUUCUGCUGUGUUUGUGUUUUAAAAUCCCAUGGGGCAGGUUUCCGUAGGUAUAUCAUACAUGCCACUGGCUGAAUUCUAAGUGCUGCAACUCACUCUCCAUCGGGAGGAGCUCUCUGUGUUGUCUCCUUUUAUCACAUCUACCCAUUCUUUUGUGUGUUAGUAGCCCAGAAAAGAGCACUGGCAGCUUGAUUGUUAAAGCCUUUAUGCUUUUGUAAUAUUUAAAUAUGGACUGAUUAGAUCACAGGUGUAGAAUUAAUGGGGAUGAAAGACAGUGGAUUUGUUACACCUGAAAUCUCCUUUUGUCAUAUCACCUUAUUUCAGAAUUCCAUCUCUUUCAUAUUAUAGUGUGACUGUGGGUAGCAGAGCAUGUCUGGUGAGUUCCAUUAUUAUAGGGAUUGUUUGUGUCAGUUUAGUGUGCUGGACAUGCAGUGGCUAUCAGUUCUGCUAACGCAUAUGAAUGUAUUGGGCCAAAGCCUGUUCCCAUUGAACUCAAUGGCCAAACUCCCCCUGGCUUCAGUGAGAGCAAUGUUUGGCCCACUAUGCAGAUGAACUCAGGCAGAGCUCCUUGUGUGGUGAUGAGGGUGCAUGUAUUUUAAUAGCCAGGUAGACAUGCUCCGGGGAUGGCAAUGCAACACUGAAAAGCUUUGCAUUUUGCUUACUGUGUUCUGGGCAAAGCAGAGUGAAUACCCUGACUCUGGCAUAGCCUGAAAAUCUCACUGCAGCCAUAGCUGCAUAUGCUCCUUGGAGAUCCUUGGCGCUGUUUUCUUCACUCUCCUUUAGUGUCUGUUUUUACUAACACUUUGUUCCUCAGGGACACUUCCCCUUUUCCAGUGAAGUGAACACACACUUUUUUCAGCUCUGAGCCCAGGAGCUGAUCCUCAGUUCUUACACUUGUCAGUAGAUUUGGAGGAGGAAUUCUUGUGUGCUCUUCUCAGCUUGCCCUAUGAUAAACUAGACUUUAUCUUCAAAUGUCUGUGUUCUGGUCUGAAGCCAGUUAAGCAGCAAAGAUCAGUUAGCAGGAGUGGCAAAGCAGGAACACAGCCCUUGAAACAAAUUUAAAACUGAUCAAAGGAAAUACUUUUUUUGUAACAACACACAAUUAACCUGUGUAACUCAUUGGGGCCAGUUGCUUAGUAGGAUUUUUAAAAGGAUCCAAUAUUUAUAGGAUAAUGAGAGAAAAUAAACUAGGGAUAUAUGCCCUCUUGCUUUAGGGCAUAAGCCAGUCACUGUAGAGGGGUUUCUUCCACCUCUCUCUGAAGAUACUAUGUCAGAGACUGGCUACUGGACUAGAUGGACCCCCAGUCUUACUGGCAUGGCAAUUCGCAUAUUCCUGUGAUUCCCCCAGUGUUACCUUCACAGUGCUGUUUGGAGCACUGUGCCAUUGGGGGUCACAGUACAUUUGAAGGCUGAGUACUGGUUUGAUUUCUCCUCUGCCAGUUACUGGAAGGGGCUGAGGCUGGAAUUCAGUGGUAGUCUUACUUGUUUUGAAAGGCAGUGCAGCACCAGGAGAUGUUAAUACCUUGUCCUUUCCAUGCCACCCCUGUAAACACACCCACUGCCCCUUUCUGAAGGUGUCUGCUUGUCUCUAGGCUCUGAAGAGGUACAUCAAUUUACUUAGGUCUGAUUUCUACCCAUGUUAAAAUUUUUGUUAGAAAAAAUCCUCCAGACUACAAAAGCCUACCAUAAGUUCCACUAUGACCUGGCAGGGAAAUGGUGAGAGUUGGAGUUUUUGUCUCUGGUAGAUUGUUUCCUUCUCUCUGACCCUUUUUGGUAUGCUUCCCCUAUUGGCUCUGCAGCAACAUCAGUUAAUAGGCAAGUACCAUUCCAUGAGCUGUGCUGACAUUAGCAAUGCUGCUGCACAGACAUUAAGUAAACAGGAGCCACUGCUGUCCAGCUGGAAACACUGGGCAGUGAGGGAAUUGACAGGGGGGGAGAUAGCUCAGUGGUUUGAGCAUUGGCCUGCUAAACCCAAAUUCAAUCCUUGAGGGGGCCAUUUAGGGAUCUGAGGCAAAAAUUGGGGAUUGGUCCUGCUUUGAGCAGGGGGUUAGACUAGAUGAUCUCCUGAGGUCCCUUCCAACCCUGAUAUUCUAUGAUUUACUAAAUAGAAAAUAAUAUAUAUAUAGAUUUAGCUGCUCAGAGGAGUCCCAAACAAUGCAGAAAUUACAACUGUUUGGUAGUUAGCUUUUAUCUUUCUCUAAUAUCUGCUGCCUUUUCUUUCCUGUCAUAUUUGGUAUGGUCUGAUGGUGUUGAAACCUCUCCAGGUCUAAAUUUCUCUGAACUGAGGCCAUAUGGAAAGCUACAUAUAAUAAUACUUAGUAUUUUGUAUUUCCUAAGCAGCAUAUGGACAUUUAGCUAAUCCUUAUAUCACUGCCAGGAGUAGGUGACGACUUAUUCCCAUUUAAAGAUUGGAAAACUGAGGCAGGGAGCUAAAAUGAGGCCACAAAGGGAGUUGGUAUCCGAUGCAUUUCCAGCUCCCAGCCCAACUAAGUCGUGCUGCCUCUCUCACUGCUCAGAAAAAGAACAAGUGAAUUUUAGAAAUAGCUUUUCCCUUAUCCUUGCAAUCUGUUCUUAAAAUGUCUGGAAGGUACAUUUGUGGGAUGUCAUGCAGACAGAAUACUUGACAGAAUACUUAGUAUGAUGAUUUAUUAUUUGUUUAGAGCCAUCAGUGUGCUCAGUGCUGUACAAAACAGACAGUCACAAAGUAGUACUGGUGUGGUUUAUUGGUGGACAGUGUAGGAAACUUAAUGGUUCUGUGAGUGCAUCACUGGCAGGUGAUUAUCAGUGGUAGGAUAAAAUGCUUUGCACCUGGAGAAUCCUGGUUAAGAGGGUCUGUUAUAUGAGCAACUCAAAAAUCUUAUUCGCCUGUAGUUGCAAAUAUGACUCUUUUGGUAAUGAUAAUUUACAUCUGCCUACCUAGAGUUAAAAGGUUGUGGAGAUUUUGUGGGCAGAUCUAUUAGUUUAGUUGUUGACAGGAAGUCAGUGAUGUAUUUUAUUGACAGUACGACAAGGCUUCAGAAAGCAAAUCCAUAUCCAAACUGUCUGGAGAUUUGAAGAUUAAUCCUGACCUCCUCAACUUCAAAUCAGCUUCUUCCAGGGACUGUUCCAGGCCCACCCUUUGUACUCUGAGCCUGGCCAGCAUUCACAAAGGCCCAGAGUGAAAUCCUCCUCUUGUGGCUGCCUGAGGUACUUGGAAUAAAUGGAGGUGUCCUUAUAAUACAGAUGUAGCAAAACAUCAUCAAUGAAUUUGCACUGCAGGUAUAUCCCUAGCAAGACUGAACCAUGUCUGAUUUGCUCUCACACCAGCUUAAUACAGCAUGAAAAUUAAACCCUUUUUUAAAAUACGGAAUAUUCAGAUGCCAAAACCGAAACUUUUUGCUGGAGGCUUCCCUGGUCCAGCCUUCUCAAAGGACAGAAGAGUAGUGAUGACAUGACCAGGCAUAGGGUAGGACGUUCUGUUGCACCUGCCACUAGGCACUUUAUCUGUCAGCUCUAUCCCCAUCCCUGUUCAGGGCACAGACAAGAAUUUUGGCUGAUAUGGGGUCUGAGGUGAGCAGUGGGCCCAACUCUCCUUUGGCCACCUUCCAGGACCCAGACCAGGGCUAGUUUGAUAAGACUCAAUCCUUGGCACUACAUGUGGUCUACUAAGAAGUCCAGCAUGCCUGAACUACAGUUAGAGCAGCCUCUUCUCUGUGCUCCAUCAUAGCAAGAGGAGCCUCAAGGGCAGCGGUUCCUUGUUCCUGCCCCAUAAAUAAUUUUACCACCAGCCUCUUGGCUCUCCCUCCCACAUCCAUGUGGGGGAACAUGCUAAGUACUCCCUCAGCAGCCCAGCCACGAUGAGCUCUGAAGCUCCCCCGCCCUUAUGAUUGUACUACAUUCUUCCCACCAAAAGAGGGAUUCCCUAGCCACAUCCACUAUAAAGUUCCCUCAGUCCCUUCUUCCCCUCUCCUUGUCCUGCUGGAAAUAGCAAUUACAGUCUAGCAAUCAGGCUUUAAGGGGUUCUUGAACACUGAGGAUUCAAGGCAAGUUCAGGCUUGCCAGGUUGCCACAGAAGGCUUACUGCCAAGACUGCUCCCUCCUGGAUUUUUCUGUACAGAAGAGGAUUUGCAUAGAUGGCUUUUUCAACCCAGAGAAAAAGGAUAAAUGUUUUCCCCUGCACCUGACUUGCUUGGCAUUAUCAAGGAGUCCUGGGCUCACUUGAUCAGCAAACUGCCGUACCCAAGGCCAUUCACAAGCUGUAUCACCAGCCAGAAGUGGGCUCUGCAGUCUUCUCUAUUUAGAAGACACGAUGUUUAAGGCCCCUGCAACAGAAAGCUAAAUCUGUAAAUGCACCUUGGCUGAGCAGCUUCAGCAUGUUGCCUCAGAUCCAUACUGUUGGCCAUCAGAUGUAGAACAGGAAAUGCCCAAGGAAUUAGCUCUGGAACUCCUGCUCCUAUAUAUCUCCAAGCUUCCACCCUUUUCAUUCAGAUCCCUCAUAUAAAGGCUUACUCCUUUGAUAACAUCCGCAAGAAGGGAUGUGAUGAUACUUCAUAAAUCCUUCUCUGGUAUUCCCUCCUGUGGGCUAUCCAGUGUAUCCCAUCUUUCCCAUUUCACCUUGUAGACUGGGACAAGGACUGUAGUUUUGUGUCCUGUACAGGAUGAGCAUAUAUGAGCACAUAUUUGGAAACUACACAAUAAAGUAUAAUUAUUUAUACAUUGCAUUGGUGUGCAUGGUAUUAAUAGAUCAAUAAAACGACAGGCCUUUUUCCCCCUAUGUUUCCCCAAUACUGAAGUUCCGCUAAAGGCAGCAACAGCAGGAGCUCUAAUGUAGGCAAGGUUCUGAUGAACCUCUGGUUUUCUAACUGCUAUGUUGCCUGAACCUACAUUGCUAAGGUUAAAUGACAGGCAGCUGGUCUACGCUAGUGCUUUAAUGGGUGAAGUUGGAGCAGUGGUAGCAACAGUAGGAUAUUUUUAGAGGAAAAAAUGCUAGUGUAAACACAGCCUGUGAUUCUGGGCAGUGCAGUGAAUGAUCAGCCUGAAGGCACAUAUGUUCAGCCAUACUGCCACCAUGUACAGGAGCUACUGACCUGCCUCGAGCAGCAUCUGUGCUUCUCCUCACCUCCCUGUUCUGGAGGGGAACACUGGAUGGGCACAGGGGAAACAAAAGGGAGCCUUUUUCUCAGAGCAGGGGCAUGUAAGGGCGUGAGAGUCAAUGUGUGGUGCAGAGAGAGUAAGGGGAGGAACAGACGGGAAGAGCAUGGGCAGGAAGAGGAAAGGGAGAAUAGAUGGGAGGGAAAGGAGAAAUGACACAGGGGUGGGGAAAGGUAAAAGAAAAGCAUAGGAAAAUAUCCCAAAGGAGCACAGAAACGAGGGGGAGCAGUGCUGCAGUUAUAGGGUUGAAGGUAAAGGGGCUGGGCCUAGGACCCAGAGGGGCAGAUACUCUCUUUUCCUAUCUUGACCUCUCCUGUGACUUGGUUUCUUUUUCCACAAGAGGAAUUCCUCUAAUUUAGGCAAGAGCUUCAAAAGACAAAAGGAAAGUGUUUUGGGAAGCACCCAAGUAUCUUGGGUGGGCCCAUUGCCAGAAUCUCUUAGAGCAUCGAUAUAAGUUAAGAAGCAGCGCAUUGGUACCAGACUGGGGAUACUUCUCACAUAAAUUCAGUGCGCAGGAAAGGGAACAAUCGCUCCAUUGUUACUGUUUUUACUAGUUCUGUAGUGCCCAAAUGUGUAGUGGUGCUUCAAAAACAGAGACCCACUGCCCCAAAGUGGACAAAGGGCAAGAAAAGGCUGCUAACUGGUCCAGGUUGAUGCCAGUCUCCUGUCAUUUUAGCAGUGUUUUUAUCACUUUUGGUUUGUUUUGAAAUUACGUUUAUUUACUUAUUACAAUGCAGGCAGCAUAAACUCAGCCACUUCCUACUCCUUUGUUCUCUGGCAUUCAGAAAGCUUUCUUUAGCCGUGUUGUGGGAAAAAAUGAAGAAUUGGCUGGUGCCUCUGAGCCAGAAAAGAGAUUCUAUUUUCACUAAACAAGCAGAGUUGCACAGUGGAUUGAGCACAAGGCUAGGGCCCAGUAACUCCUGAGUUAUAAUCCCAGCUCUGCUAUGCGUUUCUUGUGUGGCCUUGGUUAAGUCUCUAGGGGAAAUUUUUCAACAGUUGCCUCUGAUUUUUGGUUAGCCAGUGUAAGAGCAAGGGCCAGAUUUUUCAGAAGUCCUGUACUGAGCACCCACAGUUCCAGUUAAAGCAUGUGAAGCUGCCAGGGCUCAGUACCUCUGAAAAUCAAAAUGAAGGCAUCUCAAGUUGGGCACCCAAAAAAAUCAGCUGCCACUUUUGAAAAAAACAAACCCCUUAUAUAUCUCUGUUUCCCCCUCUAUUAAAUAGUAAUGGGGUGGUAAUUCUACACUUGCUGUAUAAGGGCCAAGUGUUUCUCUCAUUCUUUGGUCAUCAGGAACUGACACCACUGAGCGAAUGGGUAUAUUAACAGUAACAGAUGAACAGAGCAGCAGGCUACAUGUUAUUGCUUGCUCUGGGCUAGUCUGUAAUUCUGAAACACGUUUUCAUAUGGUUCCUCAUUUUAAUGAUCAUUGUCUUGAAAUAGCUGACUGACUCUAAGGCUGAGAGCAGAAUUUAACAUGAACCUUUCCCUUUCAAAAUUUACUUUGCCUCUGGGUCACUCCCUGUACCACCCAUGACAGGCAGCCAGGGCUCCUUAGAAGAUUACAUUUUAAAUUGCCCUAAGAACAAUGCCUGCUUCCCAGCCUGAACCCACCAGCCUCAUCCAGGCAUGCGCUGCUGGAGAGUCUACUAUGAGCUCCCACAUUCAGGCUAUGGCUUCACUGACAAAAACAUGUUUUUUACCAUGGGCUAACUAAUGUGUGUGUGUUGUCAUGCUGGAAAAACUAGGGAAGACAAGGCACCUGUAGUUUUACAUGGAGGUAACCUAGGCAGGGUCAGUUACGAGUGGGGGUAUAGUGUUGAUCUUGCCUAGUUUAUCUCACCACAAGUGCCUUGUCUCCACUUAUAGGCCCUGACCAGCUUUAAAAUUGUCAUGGUUCAUAUUGAAGCCAUUGAGCUAGAGAUGAAAGACUCCAUAGCUUAGUUCCCAUCACCUGAGCCAUCUUAUCCUCUCCCACCCACCUGAUUUUCUUGAAAUGCUCUUUAGUAACAGAUCCCACACCCCCUGCCUGUGCCUUCAGCCCCUGGCUGUGUUAUACCUACCUGUGAGCUAAUUCCAAGUCGCUGUAGAAGGGGAAAAUAGCAAAGAGGCUAAUAAUAAUUUGGGCACUGGGUUCUAGAUAAAGAAACAGGAAAGCAGCUGUUUUUGAGGGGUCCUUAAUUUCUGUAACAAGGAAGUGGCCCCAGCAUCUCAUAUACCUGUGGCAGGAUUGAGUGGUUACACUUGAAACUAGCAUCUUCAGUGCAAGUACAUGUAAAAGAUCAGCAGCAUAAGUCCUUAGUGCUCCAGGGCACUACCAGAAAAAGUAGCAGGUUUUGUCUUUGGUU